UUGAAAUGUCCAGGUGAUUAGCAGUGUUUUGUGAUGCUGAUGGGUAUCAAGUAUUUUUGAGAAAUUGUUCUGUUGGAUCAAUUCGUAACAAACGCGAGGGGUCAACAAAUGAUAAAAUGGUUCGAUACGCUGUGCUCAAGGGACUUUAUGAGCUCGAUAAAACAAUUGGUUGUGGUGGUUUUGCCAAAGUUAAACUUGGAAUACAUGUUGCAACUGGAGAAAAGGUAGCAGUGAAAAUUAUGGAAAAAUCGGCACUUGGGGAUGAUCUGCCAAGGGUGAAACUUGAAGUUGACGCCUUGAAGACUCUGGUGCAUCAACACAUUUGCAGACUUUAUCAAACAAUCGAGACUGACAGUCAUUAUUUUAUGGUUAUGGAGUACUGUUCAGGGGGUGAACUCUUCGAUCACAUCGUUGAGAAAAACCGACUGUCGGAAACAGAGUCUCGAAAGUUUUUCAGACAGAUCGUAUCUGCUGUGGCAUAUCUUCAUAGUUUGGGAUUCGCACAUAGAGACCUAAAGCCAGAGAAUGUUCUAUUGGACAAAGAUCAAAAUUUAAAGUUGAUAGACUUUGGACUUUGCGCCAAACCCAAAGGUGGUAUGCAGGCUCACCUGUAUACAUCUUGCGGAUCACCAACUUAUGCGGCACCUGAAUUAAUUCUUGGAAAAAAAUAUCUAGGAUCAGAAGUCGAUAUUUGGAGCAUGGGAGUGUUGUUAUAUGCACUUUUGUGUGGCUUUCUUCCAUUUGACGAUAACAGCAUUGAAAAUUUGUAUAGAAAAAUUCUUAGCGGCAAAUACGAUGAACCCGGUUGGUUGUCUACCAGCAGCAAAAGAUUAAUACGUGCAAUGUUGCAAAUCGAUCCAAAAAAGAGAAUAACCAUUGAAGAACUCUGUUGUCACCCUUGGGUAACAGCUGGCUUCUUGUCACCAGUGACUUUCGCCAAGAAAACUAAUUUAGAACGAAAUGAUGAAGUUUUGAACACGAUGUCAGCUAUUUGUUGUGAAUCAAUGGAGGACAUCUGGAAGGCUCUGUCCAAGAGUACGAGAACUGAUUACAGAACGGCCACUUACCUUUUGCUCCUCGAUCGAAAACUAAAAGGAUUAUCAUUACGAAUUUCCAGCUCUUCGCGGUCUCAUUUUCGACUACAAAACACCGAAAAUUACCUGAGUCCUCCAUUAAAUAAUUUUAUAACUCAAUUGGAUCAGUCACCAAGCAGAAAAGAUCCUAGAAAAUCUCCGAAGGAAGGAAAAACCUACAAUGUUCUCCCUAAGACCCCGGAAUCCGAGAGACAUCCCCCGAAAAGUUUAAUGGAACCACCGGCUCCAGGACGGAAAAGACUUCGCUCCAGAGAGGAGGACGAUCUAUCUUCACCCGUUCCUGCGAAAAAAACUGCCGAUGAGAGAGGAGCUGCGACACCAUCAACUCCAGUUGCCACGCAUUCCAAAGACAUUCAAUCAACCCCAGGAAGUGCAAAAAAAGUAAUAAUGGGCUUGGAAAGAGGUUUGAACAAAAUGAGAUGUGUCCUGACACCCAAACGACGAAUGAAACCCGAGGAAAACAGUCCAGAUCAGCCAAUCGUUCUAUCCGGCAAAGGUCUCUGCAAUAUUUCAUCGACAUCCAGUGAUUCCCCAGAGUACGUUCUGCAGCAGUUGCGACGUGCCCUCCAGAGAAAAGGGAUUUCUUGUCGACAGAAGGGCUUCACUCUCACCGGAGGAACCGAGAGUGGUAAUACCGAGAAUGUUAAAGAAUGUGGCAGACCCUUUGGCACAAGGAAAGCCUGUCGAUUUCAACUCGAAGUCUGCCUGCUGGAGGGGAUUUCCGAUGGAAAACCAUUAGUUGGGAUACGAAGAAAAAGGCUGAAAGGUGAUGCAUGGGUGUACAAACGGGUUUGCGAAGAGGUGCUGGCACUUGCUGCUGAGCCCACACCGAACAAUUCUAAUGAGCACACUGGCUCAAAUUGUUUGAUCUGAGGUGCAACAUUACGAGAGAAAACUCAUUGACGAAUCAUUGGAAUUUUCAUCCACACAUUUCCACAAUAACGAGAUGUGUGACUUUUCUGUAACUUAUUGUCCAUGCAUUCCACAUUUUGUAAACGAUGUAAAAGAAGAAAAGAACUUGAAAUAAUUUUUUUACUGUCUUUAUAAGCCUCGAAAUAUCACAUCAGGGGCGAAAUUCUACAGAAAAGAUGUCUGUGGAAUCAGUCGUAUUCAAAAAUCUGUACUGAGAUUUGUUAUAGAAUACUUUUUAUAAAUUUUUGAAACGAGCCAGCGAAAAAAAGAUAGAAAGUCCAAUAAAAAUGAAGGUAAAUGUGUAUAAAAUUGUCCAUCACUAAUAAUUUAUAAUAUUUCGGUUAAUUGAACAAAGUUGGGUAAUAACAAUCAGAUUAUAAACAAGAACGGAUGGAAAGGGUCCUGAGUUCAUUUUUUUUUAUUUCAGCCAAACUGGGUUGGGUUAAAUAAUCACCUGUACCUCAAUCAGCCUCAAGUUCUCCAUCUUGUUUUUAUCAAUUGAAUAUUGAAUUGACUAGUUUGCAAAAUUCCCACAAUUUCAAAUCAAUUGGAUUAAUGCAUGAACACAAAAACAAGAUUUUAAUCUCAUCACUUUCCGGGAAAUGAAAUUCAAAAAAUAUCCAUUGAGAAUAAUGACAUUUGUGUGAUCGACUACUGAAUAUUUCAAGCAAUAAAAACGAUAAAAAUAAUAACGAUGGUUCAUGAAAAGUGCUCAAUGAUUCUUCUCUGUAACUUAUUGUCCAUGCAUUCCACGGUUUUUACGAUGUA